UCAAAAUGAAUGGGGCAUUCCAUGAACCUGUGUUUAUGGAAAACACUUCAAUCCGAUGUAAAUAUUCCACAGCACUGUAGUCUUUUACUGUAGUGGUUCUGGUAACUAAACUAUAAAAAGAGUUGCYCYCWCCAUAUCUCKCAGUAAUUUAUUGCGUAAAAUAACYUUUUGGCCUCACUGUGCCUUCAGGGUGUUCUGGUAACUKACAGAGCUUUGAAGGUUAAUCUGUUCUCAUGCUCAUACAGGUUGGAACCACCCGGUGAGUCCUGGAACAGAACCAUGGCUUUAAAGGUGAUCCAGAGGCUUCAGCUACUCUGGCAGACAAGGGCACACCUCAGUCCUCCAGGUGGGCUGGGUAGCKUCUCCAGACUUCUGUGUGCUCCGGAAGGGGAGCCCCUGUGUGUGGCGUACCUAUGGAKCUCAGCGGACCGCUGUAUCCAGAGACUGCUGUCAGAGACUGUCAGCCAGCUUGUAUGAGUUUGUCCACCAUUGCCAGGGACUCUUUCUACGCCACUGGGUCAGUCGGCCAGCUGCACUGACCCACUGUUGCAGAAGAGAAAGCCUUCCUGGACCGCCUCGGCAGUUGCUCUUCCUCCAGACAGGUCCUGCACUCCUCCGCACUGUGGAGAUCACGUCUGACACUAUGGCAGCGGCAGUCUUGCACUGCGUGGCUGACCCUGAAGGACCCCUCAGUGUGCUGUGCUGCCAGCUAGAGCAGGACUCUCGACGUCUGACGGAGACCGAGCUGAUUUCUGCCCUGCUGGCCUGCACGCACCUCUACGUGGACCCCUYGAGCACGCUGGUGGUGCGGCUGGUGUCGGAGUGCCAGGAGCGGCUGGACGGGAGCCAGAUGAGCGUGGGACAGCCGUGCACCUUCGGCCAGACCCUGGAGGGCCCGGGUUGUGGGAUGCUGGAGCAGGUACAGAGGCAUGAGCCAGGCCAGUAGAGCCUAGCAGAGCUCACUGCUGUAUACAGACUGCUGCAGGCAGAAGUAGGGGAGGAGGGCAGCUACCAGGACCUCCUAAACGCUAUGCACACUCCUUCUUGGUGGAGGUCAUGGAGAGACACAUGCUUAAGAUGGCUUUCAGUUACCAAGGUGAUGCAGUACUUUGGGUGCCUGAACAUCCUGUCGCUACCGGUGUUUGACGCUGUGGCGGAGAGCUUUGUGUACCGGGCGGAKAACUACAGCACCAGCCAAGUGGCCAGGCAGAUCAUCCCGUUUGGGAAGCUGGGCUACCUGCCGCCCAACGCUGGGGCGGUGUUCCGGAAUGUGGCGGCCAUCCUGUACGCACGCUUCUCUCAUUUCCAGCCCAGAACACUCCUCAACCUGCUGCACUCCUACGUCRUGGUAGAGAGGUUCCCUGUCAACUUUGUGUCCAAGGUCUUCAACCUCUACUUCCUCCAGAAAUUACAAGAGCAAGGCAUGGGGGUUGACCAGAUUGUACUSGCCCAACUGACCCAYCUCUACAUGACUGUGAAGCUUGAAUGCCCUUUCUAUGAGGGUCCAAGGCUCCUUCCUAUGUACCGUGUCAAGUUUUUCCUCACUCCUGGUCGGUCUCUGGAGACGCCGGUUGACGGACACCUCUACAACUAUGUGAAAACUGGACUGGUGGAUCUACUAGGGGCCCGUGCUUACUUCACUUCCAGAGUCCUCACUCCAUACUGCUACACACUAAGUAAUGCAGACAGAUGGUUUACUGUGAACACAAGACAGCUGCUGGGAAAAGAGGCCAUGAGGCUUCUGGGAUAUGAAGUUGUUCAGGUCGGAAAUGCAUGCCGCAACACCCUGUUUCACUGAUGAUUUGACCUUUUUGAGUGUUCUGUCUGCUGUAAAUUCUGAUUUCAGCCCCUUUGCUAGUGUUCUGCCUGUCUCUAGGCAUCUACUCUGUCAAAAAAGAGCAUGUCUGUAUUCAUUUAGAURUACUCUUUGCUCUCAGUGCUCCAUCUGUAACUAAUAGAAGUCUGUUUUUGUAGAUUUAUUACUAUGAAUUUGAGAAGCUUCGGAACAAGACCGAGGAUGAGUAUCUUCACAAGAAUAUCUUCCCCCUCAGCUACAGGCUCAGUUGGUGAUGACUGGCUCAAAUAAGGCCUUUGUUGCUGUCAUACAUCUAUAACACUGUGCACUAUACAGUUUGGGCACUGUUUUUGUCAUCUCAAAGUGCACAUUGUCUAACAUUUCUACCUGAAAAAGUAUKAAGUCAAGAAAUCAUAGCUUUUGAGUAAUUGUAAUUCUACACACUA